GCGCGAGAACUUGACGUGAGAGGGAUUUCUUCUGAACACGACACAGUAGAAACUGAGUUAUUUUCCCAACCAAUAAAACACGAGAUUAAACAAGAGCUGCUGACGGUUUGAGAGCUUAGAUGUUCAUCAUGAGAGAGCAGGUGGAUGUGAUCUGCUGUAAAUCAGUAGGAACUGAUCUGUCCAUGCUGGAUAUUGAUGAUUUCAUCACAGAAAUCUCUCAGCUGAAGAAAGAGGUGACGUCACUGAAGACAAAGCUGAUGGAGAGAGACAACAGUUUACAGGAGCUGGAAAAGGUUUCCUGUCAAUCUUCAGUGUGUGUGACUGAUGGGACCUCCACAGAAUGUCAGGAUUCAGUGUGGAGCUGCAGAGAUCAGUCCACACCACAGCAGCUGCUGGACAAACUCUCUGAACAGAGAUCCAGAGACACACAGGAAUCACAGCUCACUUUACUCUGUUCUACUGAUGCUCAGGAGAGUGUGUGUGACAGUAAUCAGGGUGAUCAAACCUCCACAGAGUCUCUGACUUCUGUCUGUAACGCUGGAGAACAGCAGAUGCUGCAGACACCAGUGAAGAUUGAAGUGAUGCAAAAGGAGAUUAAAGAAGAAAACACAACAGAGGAACAACAGAGAGAUGAAGAUGAUGAUGAUUUUAUUCCUUCUGACCUGAUGGACGUAAAUGAGCAGCAUCAAAAGCUGAAUAAGAAGAACUUCUCACUAAAAAAGCCCCAAAGAAGAGCAGCCAAAAAUGAUUUGGGAGUUCACACAGGAGAGAAGCCUUACAAGUGCCAUCAGUGUGGAAAAUGUUUUGGAGAUAAAGGAAACCUUAAAAAGCACACAACAGUUCACACUGGAGAGAAACCUUACACAUGCCAUCAGUGUGGAAAAGCUUUUAAAAGUAAACAAAAUCUUAAUUCCCACACAAGAAUUCACACAGGAGAGAGGCCUUACAUGUGCCAUCAGUGUGGAAAAUAUUUUGGAGAUAAAAGAAAUCUUAAAAAGCACACAGCAAUUCACACUGGAGAGAGGCCUUACACAUGCUAUCAGUGUGGAAAAGCUUUUAGACAAAAAGAACAUCUUAAUGCCCACACCAGAAUUCACACAGGAGAGAAGCCUUACAUGUGCCAUCAGUGUGGGAAAUAUUUUGGAGAUAAAAGAAAUCUUAAAAAGCACACAGCAAUUCACGCUGGAGAGAAGACUUACACAUGCCAUCAGUGUGGGAAAGGUUUCGCAGAUGCACACCAUCUCAAGAAGCAUCUCCACUCUCACUCUGGAGAAAGGCCAUUUGAAUAUAAGUGUGAUAAAACUAUUGUUGUGGAUUCAGCCCAGAAAAAACUUUUGAAAAUGCACACAAGUGAAAAGCCUUACAAGUGUUCUUUUUGUGGAAAGAGUUUUGCAAGCCUCUCCUAUUUGAAAGAACACCAGAAAACACAUACCUGUUCUGAGGUUCAUAUGUGCUUUGAAUGUGGAAAGACCUUUGUUAGAGCCAGUGACUUGACAGUGCACCAAAGAAUUCAUACUGGAGAAAAACCUUACAAGUGCUCACACUGUGGAAAGAGUUUCCAUCGGUCACAAAACCUGAAAACACAUGAGAGAAUUCAUACUGGAGAGAAACCUUACAAGUGCUCACACUGUGAAAAGAGUUUCAAUUGGUCAAAAGGCUUGAAAAGACAUGAGAAAAUCCAUACUGGAGAGAAACUUUACAAUUGCUCACACUGUGAAAAGAGUUUCAAUUGGUCAAAAUGCCUGAAAAGACAUGAGAGAAUCCAUACUGGAGAGAAACCUUACAAGUGCUCACAUUGUGAAAAAAGUUUCAAUCAGUCACAUCAUUUGAAAACACAUGAGAGAAUCCAUACUGGAGAGAAACCUUACAAGUGCUCACACUGUGGAAAGAGUUUCAGUUGGUCAAAAUGCCUGAAAAAUCAUGAGACAAUCCAUACUGGAGAGAAACCUUACAAGUGCUCACACUGUGAAAAGAGUUUCACUUGGUUAGAAUGCCUGAAAAAGCAUGAGAGAAUUCAUACUGGAGAGAAACCUUACAAGUGCUCACACUGUGGAAAGAGUUUUACUUGGUUACAAACCCUGAAAACACACAAGAAAACCCAUACCACUGCUCUACAUGAUGGAAAAGUUUCAGCACAACAAGCAGUCUACUGA